CCUCCUUUUAGCAUCUGAAAAGACCGCUGAGUGAGAAUCGAUGGCGCAGAGGCCCGCUUGACAGGACAAUAAACCACAAAGAAGGGCUCCCCAUCCUCCCCCCGCAGCGAUGCCCCAGCAGAGAGAGGUCUCGGCUCCGUCCCGCCGCCGCCCCGGCCUGAUGCCCGCCCGCCCCCAGACGCCGAAGAGCGACCACAGCUUCCCAUGAAGCCACCACCGGAACUCAGCUCGACCGCUCUGCAUGGGGCCUCUCACAUGUAAACUGACAUGGAGGAUGAAGAUGGGACUUGUCUACUUGAUGUUUUGUGUGACCCCCAAGCCCUGAAUGACUUCCUUCAUGGAACCAGUGAGCUGCAGACUGAAGACCUGCUCAUUAGCUCCUCCUCUGGGGAGCCCUCCCUCUUCACAGAUGCCCCGAGUCCCGUCUCUCUGCUGGGAGAUGGCAGGGACUGCACGGACACGCCUCCACCUGGCUGUGUGGACCUGUCCUUCUUGGAGGAGGCUCUGCUGUCCUCUCCGGAGGGCGCAGAGGACCCGGAGGCCGUGCAGCCACCUGCCGAGGCUGGAUAUGAGGCGAAGGAGGAGGAGGAAGUGGGGGAGGCGGAGGUGGCUUGUGAUAUCCUCCAGCAGAGUCUGCAGGAGGCUGAAAUCACCGAGCAGACCAUGGCCCUGGAAGCAGGACUGGCGCAAGCAGGAGACGUUUUGUCCCUCUGUCCCCCCACUCCUCUCCUCUCUCCACCCGCGGUGCCGUUCAUACCCAAGUCCGUCACAUUGCCCGUCGCCCCGACGUUGCCCAGAGACACCCAAGCUGCGGUGGAGCCUCCUCAGCCCUCCCUGCUGGCAGUGGGACCGGGCUGCCCGUCUCUAAAACCGGCCGCUCCGGCUCAGCUGAUGGGACUCCUGCCUGGGAAUGUGUUUCCUGCUCCGUCUCCAGACAGUUCCUUCUCCCUGAGUCCCGCUCAAGGCUCCAGCAUGAUCAUCCACAAGGCAGUGUCUGGCGUCGCCGCCCGGCCCCUCAUCAACCCGGCCCUCAGAGCCGCAGCGGCGCCAGCGCCGGGCAUCGUCCUGCAGCGUGCCCCGCUGCCCAUCCAGCCCAAGUUGCCCAUCAGCAUCCAGCCCAGGCUGGUGCAAAUCAGCCCCAAGCCCUCGGGGCAGAAAGCGACCUCUGGUCUGACGUUCGUCCCGGCGACCGCCUCGUCCAACAUCUUACUGUCCCAAGCUCCGGGCCAAAAGACCGUAGCUCCACAGCCGCAGCCGGCGCAGCAGCUCUCCAAGCCGGUCAGCCUCCAGCUGGUCAACCAGGGCGGCUCAUUCGUGCUCCAGCCUCAGGGACUCUUCCAAGGCCAGAACCAGUUUCUUCUUCCGGGCCAGUGUCCCGUCACAAUCUCCCAGCCUGCCAGAACAGUGCAACCUCUCCUGACCCCCAGUCAUCAAGGCCCCUCCGUUCACGGCGUGGCUGCCUCCACCGGGCAGCUUGUGGACGGCUCUCAGAUCCUAACCGUACCCCAGAGACAGCUGAACUUCAGCCCGGUCUUCGCCACUCCAACAGGGCAGCUCGCUCUCCGCCAGGCCACUGUGCUUUCAGGAUCUCUGCAGCUGCAGCCGGCCCCUGCCACCGUCUUCCAGAUGCCGGCACAGCUGGCUGGAGCUUACGCCGCAGGAGGGCAGGGGCAACAAGCCACCCUGGUCCACAGUCCUGCUCUUGGGAACCACAUCACCCUGAUCAACAGUUCCGGGGUGCUUCCCCAGGAUCUCACUUCCAUCUCGAUUGUCAACGGCCCCUCGGUUGUUCAGGGACUGCCGUUCGCCGCUCAGGCCACAGCUCCACAGGCGGGAGUGACAGAGGGGCAGCUGAGCCUUCAGCGGGCCUCUGUGGUGCUGCUGCCUGAGAGGCCUGUUCAGGAGGAGAGGAGCGGCUCAGAGGAGGCUUUCCACCAGCUACAACAGCCCUUUGGACACGUGGUCCAGCACGUCUCGGUGCAGCCCGGCUCUGCGGGGCUCCAGUCCCCUCCCCCUGCUCCUCCUCUUCCUCAUGCUCUUCCUCAGGUGGUUGCAGUCUUACAGCCUCCACCUGAGCCUCCUCUCGCCCCUGAACCAGCCGUGGAGAUGCCCAAGCUCCUGAUGCCCUCAGCAGACCUCAGCCAAGUUGUGGAAGAGGUCACCCACUCGAUGAGUCAAAGCCAGGACUUUAUGCAACACAUGCCACAGCAGGAAGCUCUUGGUUCUCCCAUCCCGUCUGAAUUAUUGGUCGGAUCUCUGCCAGUGGUUCCGAUGGAGCCCCUCACCUCCCCGGCCGGCAGCGGCGGAGACAGUCCACCCCGGAGCGGAGCCGCGUCUGAGCCGGACACUCACGCGACCUCUGGCCGGCGCUGUGAAGUUUCCCCGCGUCCCUCGGAACCGGAAGACACGACGAUGAUCUGCUCCCCGUCUCUGGCUCCGGACGCCGCGAGACCAGCUCCAGGGACGCUCUCCCCUCCGGCUGGGCCUCAGACGUCGGCCCCCCACCCCCACCCGAAGGCUCCAGUCCAGUACCAAGUACCGCAGAGCUUAUUUCUGAAGACCCAGGCGAGUGUCCAGAGUGUCCCCCAGCCUCCCGGACAGGUGCAGCCCCCCGUUUCCCAGCCCCGGUCUUCGAGCUGCACCCCGGGCCCCCGCAGCCCGUCCCCUCUGCGUGUCAGCGUCCCGGUGCCUCAGCAGCAGACUGCAGCUGCUUCCGCUCUUCUCUCGAAAGAGGGAGACGACUCUGCUGUCCAACAGCACACACAAAACAAGCCCACAGCUGCCUUGGAGAGUAAGAGCUAUACUCUCAAUAUACAUCCACCCUCUCCUGCAGAUCGAGUUCAGGGGCCUCCCAACCAGUGUGGCCCCGACCAGCAGAGUGGCCCAAAGCCGGCAGGUAAUCUGGAACUACAGCGAGAGGAGAGGCUCACACCAGCAAUGCGCCGACACAGAUUCCAGCAGCAGCUCUGUUUGGACCGCGGGGCUGUGCAGAACCCGCCCACGGGGCCGGCGUUCGCCACUCUGAAAGACGCCGUCAGACGCCUGCUGCCGUACCACACCUGCGCCGGUCACCUGCCCACGCAAGACGACUGCAGCUUAGUGGAUCAGGAGUUUGACUCCGUAUCUGGUUUCCUGCUAAAACGCACCAAGGACAUGGUCAACAAAUACAGGCAGCUAUUGGUUAAGGAAACCCAGCAGGAGAGUCCGUCGGCGGAGAUGGUGAUGCUGGAGCGUCUCUUCCUCCAGGCCGAGAGAUUCACGUUGGCCGAGGAGAGACGGCGGGCUCGCAAAGAUCCAGAAACGUUUAUGACAUCUUUGGUGACGUCAGCGUCUUCCCCUCACAGUCCCCAGUCCUCUGGCUUCUCUCACACUCACUCUUCUAGCCCGUCCUCCCCGCCAGCCUGGGCACGACUGACCGAGAGACCCCCAGGACUGAAGACCUACCGUUCCAGCUCACGCGGGGCUCUAAGACUCACUAUCAAGCAGGAGUCGGGCUCUCGCAAAGUGAUCCACAACUCAGCCUGCGAUCCGGGACUCAAGAGGGACCACACGGGGCAGCUGACGAACGGCGGCGGAGGCGUCAGUGAACGUCACCCCCAGGCAACCAACGGAGCUCCCCGGCGUUCCCAGUACGGAGACGAAAUGCCCGACGGCGCAGAACAGGCCCCGCAGACGGUGCCCGACUCCGAAGCAAAGCCUCCGAUUCCCCUCCCGACGGCGGAACCGGAGGACGUUUGCUUGGAGAUCGCCACCAGAGACACCGGCGCUCCGAAGCUGAAAUGCUACCGGGUGGAUGUGUCCCCUCAGCCGGAGCAGCGCUUCAGCCCCGCGUCCCUGCCUUUCCAGGAGGACAACAUCCUCAGCGAACAUCUACAGAGUGCCAUAGACAGCAUCCUGGAGCUCCAGCGCCUGCAGGGCCCCUCGGGGGCCCCGGGCAGGGCGGCGCCAGGCCCUUCGCUGGACCAGCCUGUCACCAGCAUCCUGGAGGGACACCUGUGAGGUCACCCUGCAGGGGUCAGUACACAAAUGUUGUCAGCGGUGUUGCUCGAACUGAUUGCGUGAAGGAAGAAAACAAAGAAUAGGCUCUAUGAAGAAAUGCACACCAGACAACAGCACUAUCUAUAGUGGGAUAGAUGUUAGAUACUUCAUUUUUGAUGUACGUUUGUGGAAACAAAAAAAAUCUAUUUGAAUAGGAGCUAUAUUGUUUCAGUGGUAGUUAAGUCCUUCAGAGGUUUACGACACUGGUGUAACCUUCAUCAGCAUAUAGUAUAUAAGUAAUAGUGAGGAUAAUAAAACAUGGAGUAGACUGAGAUUAUUCAAUAGUUUUUUAUAAGAUUUCUUUGAAAAUUGUGAAGCUUUUUUUUUUUUCCUUUUUCUUUUUUUAUUUAUUUAUUUUAUUUAUUUUUUUUGCAUAGUGCCAAUCUUCCAGGGUAUUUAUUUUGAUACUUUGUGCCAAUUGCGUUUUGCAUUGAGAAAUGCAGCGAAUGCGUGAGGUGUGCGUGCGUCCUCGUUUGGGUUGGUUCGCGUGGGUUCGGAAGGCUGCGCGCGCGCGUGAAAGCAUCGGCUCCGUGCGUCGGGAUGGAACACACACACACACACACACACCCACACACACACACACACACACACACACACACACACACACACACACACACACACACACACACACACACACACACAAUAAAUAAAUAAAUAGAAAUCCCUCGCGCGCCUUCAUCCUGGCUUAAUGAAUGAAACUCCAAAGAUUUUGUGACUUGUUACAUCCUGAAUACACCAGCAAACGUCCACGUCGUGUCUCUUCCCACAAGCUGGAGUCUGUCCUCGUUAAAAUAGGAGAUGGGGAAAAAAAACAAAAACAAAAAGAACCUGGUGAAACACAUUAGGCAGUCGUGUUUUGUUGCCAUUUUUUGUUUUUUGGGAAAGUUUGGACCACCAUCGGGAGUCGAACUGUGAAAUACGGCUAACUUUGCAUCUGCGUUCGGAGGCUGGAACAGUUUGCCCUGCUGUAUGUAGCCUGUGUGUGAACAUGCGAGCAAUAAUAGGUGAGGGUCGCCGGGAGCCGCCAGGUUCCAGGAGGAAGGAGCCCGUUUAAUAACUGGGCCCCAAGUCAGAAAUGCAGAAGUGAGAGAUGCUUUAUCGUCACAAAGGCCUUCGCUGUUUAGAAGAUAUUUCUAAUGCGUCUCAAGGGCUCGAGGUUUGACUUAUUGGCGUCGAUGACCAUAAGAAACGUUCGGCCAUCAGCCUUUUGACCAAAAACACAGCGAAUCAUCUGCUUCACGUAAAACUUUAUUUAAGCUAUUUAUUUAUUUAUUGUUGCAGCUUCUUUUGUUAUUGUGACAAUCUAAUCGGCCCUUAUGAAAAUGUGAAUCCAGUUGCAUUCGAUCUUCGCAAACUCAUCACGAAAUAUGGGCGAAAAACGCAAAAGAACAGUCCUGCUUACAAACGGACCGAAAACACGCUUCAGAAAUUUGGAUGCCAUGUAUGGAGUCAUUUUUGUGUGUCUCCAUUUUGCAGUUAAGAAAUAAUAAUAAUAAUAAUAAUAAUAAUAAUACAUCGUCAGAAUGUAUGUUCAAAUAUUCGGCUAUUCGAUUUACAGAGAUUCUUAGCUAUGACAAUGUGAUCUAAAAGUAAGUAAAUAAAUAAAUGUCUAAAUAAGAAGCACAACUUGUAGCUUUAUGCUGAUUUUCCGUUCACUUUAAAAGUUGCGACAGAAAUCUCAUAACGACUGCACGGCAUUAACCUUACAAUCUAUAACCGCGAUGACGUAUUAAUCCCAACAAUUAUUGCUCUUUUGUUUUAAGUUAAAGCAAUUGAAAUGUGAAAUUUCACUCAAGCGUAUCCUCUUCCCCCCACAUUUGUAUUUCCAAAAGGUGAAAACAUCCAGAAAUUUGGGGCUGAAUUGCUUUUCCACCAUCGUUUUGAUUUGUGCGAGUCUCUUCUCGUGUGCGUGUUCAAAUGGUCUUCUGUCACGUUGAGCGAAAAGUUUUAAUAUGCAGUAAUUUAGCGCUGGAACUGAAUGUGCGGGUGUUGCUGGACGCUCAGGAGAGCCGCCAGACACGUCUGUCUGCUCGGCCGGACAGUUUGCAGUCACUCCCCUGCCGGCUUGAGCUUUAAAUUUAGCUCUCUAAAAUCUACAGUGACUUUAAAAACGUCAGCAUAUCCCUUGAGUAGUUUUUUUUUUAUUAUUGUGAAAAAAUCCAGGUUGUACAAGCUGGAAUUUUAUUGUAUUCACUUGGUACAUUUGACAGCCUGUAGCCGUGUUCGAAUAUCAAGUUCGAUUAUUUCCCCCUCGCAUCCCUUAUGGGUCCCUCUUAAGGACAAAAUCAAGCUAAAAAACAAAUUACAGACGUUCUGGGUCUUAUAGUGUCUCAACCUCCAUUGGUUUCAGCAAAAAUGCAGUAAAGAUGUCAGUGUCUUUCACAACAGAUUGCACUCUGUCACUGCUACGCUUCCUUAAGGGGAAUUCCUUUGUUUGUUUGUUUUGGGUCAAAUGUUUCCCAAAGUUCUCCGUUACAGUUCCGGGCCUCUCCUUCUGGGAGAAACUCCACCGUUGACGGAAUCCCCCUUUAAAGAAAGCAGCCUCGUGUGCCAUUGUUCUGGUCGCAGUGUCAAACGCUGCCCUUUAGACGCGUCCGUCCGUCCGGGUCAUCGGAUAAAAGGAUUCUGCAUGUUGAGCCGUUUUUAAUUUCUUUGUGAAUGUGCUUUAUUCAGCGUUUCUGACUGAACUGUGAAACCAGGGGGAGCUCAUCGCUUUCACACUUAACUUCAGACAAGAAAAGGAAAAGAGAGGAAAACAAAAAACAUUCGACUAGCAGAUUGUUCUGAUGCCAAAAUCAAGAGGCCUUAAUUCAGCAGAACUAGAUUGUAAAAAUAAAAGAAAUGUUGACGAAAAAAAAAGAAAAAAAAAAAAGGUUCAACUGAAGACUCUUUUGACCUGAAACGAGUCGUUCAUAUAAGAAAUGUUAAGACCACUUUUGUACUCAUUUUUACAAACUAUUUAUUAAACUGUGAUUUUGUAAGAAAUAAGCCUGUCUU